ACUCAAAAAAUAUGGUUCCCUGAUCGUACGGAUCCAGUGAGCAACUUAACAAGCUAGUGUCUUCUAGCUAUAAUAGCUAAGUAAAUAUGGCAGGUGAAACAACGGCUGUCCGUGAUCAGCACAAAUUCAACAUUGCGGAUCUGCAGAAGUAUUUAUCGAAAAACAUACCAGGUGUUUCAAGCAGCGAGACAUUCACUGUCAGGCAGUACAGAGCGGGACAGUCGAAUCCCACAUUUCUUCUGCAGACUUCCAGUAAGAGUUAUGUGCUCCGAAAGAAACCGCCAGGAAUGUUGCUUCCUGGAGCUCACAAGGUGGACCGAGAGUAUCGUGUCCAGAAGGCCUUGUUCUUGGCUGGAUUCCCUGUCCCUCAACCUUUGCUGUACUGUGCUGACACAUCGGUCAUUGGGGAGGAAUUCUACAUCAUGGAGCAUGUGCAGGGGCGGAUAUUUCGGGAUCUCGGGCUCCCGGGGGUGAGCGCUGCCGAGAGGGCUGCUCUGUACAUCGCUGCGACUGAAGUCCUGGCCAGGCUGCACUCCAUCGACCUGACAGCUGUGGUCCUGAGCAGCUAUGGGAAAGGCGCAGGGUACUGCAGAAGGCAGGUGUCCACUUGGACAAGACAAUACAGAGCUUCUGCCCACCAAGAAAUCCAUUCCAUGGAUAAGCUUUCAGAUUGGCUGAUGAACAACCUGCCCUCCGACGACAGUGAAGUGACCCUUGUUCAUGGGGAUUUCCGCAUGGACAAUCUGAUUUUCCAUCCUACUGAGGCUCGGGUGCUUGCUGUACUGGACUGGGAGCUCUCCACCACUGGCCAUCCCAUAGUGGAUCUGGCUUACUUCCUCAUGCCUCACUACUGGCCCAGUGGCCUGGACAUGCUGCAAACCCUGGGGACUCUGAAGGGUGUUGAAGGUGUUCCAGCACCUGAGGACCUCGUUGCAGUAUACUGCCGCUGCCGACGGAUCCCCCCCUCCCUGCCCGGGUGGAAUUUCUUCCUCGCUCUCUCCCUCUUCAAAAUGGCAGGGAUCGCGCAGGGGAUCUACGCUCGUCACCUGCUGGGAAACGCCAGCUCUCUGGACGCUCACAGGUUUGGCCACAGUGUGGAGCCCUUGGCCCAGGCCGGACUGCAGGUCGCUGAGAGUGUUCGUCACAAUGCCUCCCAGCCGCUCCCGGCGGACUCUCCUCCAUUUCACCAGAGCCCGAGAGGGCAGCUGGUACUCCAGCAAGUCCAAGACUUCCUGAGAGAGCACGUGUUUCCUGCUGAGCAGGAAGUUGCAGAGUACUAUGCAAAGAAUGCACAUUCGCACCUGAGAUGGAGCACACCUCCGGUUAUCGAGGAGCUGAAGGCCAAGGCCCGAGCUGCCGGGCUGUGGAACCUCUUCCUGCCCUCCGUCAGUGGCCUCAGUCAGCUAGACUACGCCCGCAUCGCCGAGGAGACGGGGAAGUGCCCCUUUGCCCCUGAGGUCUUCAACUGCCAAGCUCCGGACACAGGGAACAUGGAGGUCCUUCACAUGUACGGCACUGAGGAGCAGAAGGAACGCUGGCUGGAGCCCCUCCUUCAAGGGGAGAUCCGAUCCUGCUUCUGCAUGACAGAGCCAGAUGUGGCCUCUAGUGAUGCCACCAACAUGGAGUGCACCCUUCAUAAAGAUGGAGACCAUUACAUCAUUAAUGGGAAGAAAUGGUGGAGCAGUGGUGCAGGAAGCCCAAACUGCAAGGUGGCAAUUGUGCUCUGCAGAAGCUUCUCAAUGGAGCAAUUAUCUUUGUUUUCCAGGCAUGGGCAACACAGUAUGAUUCUGAUCCCAUUAGACACUCCAGGCGUAAAGAUUAUCAGACCUUUGACAGUGUUUGGACAAGACGAUGCAAUCCAUGGUGGACAUUUUGAGAUACACUUUAACAAUGUGCGUGUGCACGUAUCUAACAUUCUUUUAGGCGAAGGCCGUGGGUUCGAGAUCGCCCAGGGGCGUCUGGGACCGGGGCGUCUCCACCACUGCAUGAGGGCCGUGGGGCUGGCCGAGAGGGCCCUGGAGCUGCUGUGCCGUCGGGCCGCUGACAGACACGCCUUUGGGAAGAAGCUGUACCAACAUGAGGUAGUGUCCCACUGGAUUGCGGAAUGUCGCAUCACCAUUGACCAAACUCGCCUGCUGACCCUCCAUGCUGCCCACGCCCUGGACACCCUGGGCAGCAAGGCAGCCAGGAAACAGAUCGCCAUGAUCAAAGUGGUCGCUGGGCGGAUGGCCUGUAAAGUGGUGGACUGUGCCAUUCAGGUUCACGGGGGUGCUGGAGUGUCCGAGGACUUCCCUCUCGCUCAGAUGUACGCGUACGCCCGGACGCUGCGCCUGGCCGACGGGCCGGACGAGGUGCACCUGUCGUCCGUGGCCCGCAUGGAGCUGAGGGAGCAGCUCAGGAAGGCCACGGCCAAGCUGUGACGCUGACGCUCAGAAGCAGAACCCGCGCCGGAACCAGCCUCCCUCUCCAGAUCAAAACGUCUGCCUGCUGCGUGCUUUCAUUUCAGCCAUGACAACAAUAUGCCCCCUCUGGUAUUACUGCCUGCUUGGACACUGACAGAUUUGUAUCUCCAUAAUAUAAAGAGAGCUAUUUCAAAUUCAUGCUUUUCCAUUUUGGAACCAGAAUGUUAAAAUAGCCACAGUAGCUGUGGGUAACAGCACAGAUUCAGAUAUCCAAAAACAAUAUUUUCUAUCAGAUUACAGCUAAAAAUCAUGUCAAGAAUGGUGCAGCUACUGUAAUAUUACUCAGCUAAAAUUGUUUUGUAAAUGAUGCAGAUGUGCUGUUACAAUCAAUGAGCCUGUGAAUAAAAAAUGCAAAAUGGAAUAAAAGCAUAUGAAAACAAUAUUUCUUCUGUUUGUGUAAAUGGCCUUACUCAAUGGCCUUGUUUUUGCACCUCGACCCACGUGAUUAGAUCUCAAUGUUCCAGCCAAGGGCACUCCCCCAUGCUGAGAAAUUAUCCCACCGCACUGGAGCAAAUCAGAAGCAGUCCUUUCCAUUAUUUACAUGCCUCUGUCCCAUGUAAUUAAGUUUUCAAUAUCUCAGUUGUUUUAGGGUUGGCACACAGUUUGAUUUUUGGCUGUACCUCACA